AUCCUGAUAAAUAUCUUUGUAUUUGUGUAGCUAUUUUGUCUAGAUAUUUCAGCUAUUAUUAGACUAGCUUUCUUAGGAAGUGUGUAAAGUGUGUUAUUGGGCCCAAUCAUUAAAAGAGCCCAAUCAUGCUUAGGUCACAUCACACAUUCCCUAGGCAUAUAAAUAUUGCCUUUAAGGGAAUGUGCGAUAGAGGCUUUGACAGAUUAUUCACGCACAUAUUAUUUUAGUCUAGAGAGAGCCGCAACCUUUGUUUCUCGAUACCCAUAUUCUGAAGUUCGAAAUCCUUAUUUGGUAUUGAAUCAAAGCUGUUUUCUGCUCUAUUCUAUAUUGUUAGUUUGAUUGUUGAAUGAAACAGGGACAAACAAUUGGUAUCAGAGCCGAGCGUGAAAUCGAUUGAAGGUUAUCUGCAUUUUCGAAUCUGCCAUUGACGUUGAAGAGCAGUUUUUCGAAAAUUUGUUUUCUGCAAAUUUUGUUUUGAUCGAGUUGUUUUGGACGCUAAUCUGCGAUUUGUGAAGGAUUCCAAUCAACAUUUGUUAUUAAACAAUGUGAAACUGCACGUUUUUGAUUUGUGAGAUUUCGAUGUUUUGAAGUUUUCGCAGGUUUAAGUGAAGAAGACGAGUUUCUCGAAGUUUAAGUUUUCGAAUAAGGGUUCUCGCAGGUGUUGCUCGAACUUUAGGUGCGAAAAGUUCAAUUUUCUCCAAGACAGGAUCUCGGUCGAAAACAGGUUCUCGAAAGCAUCAUCAAAGAACAGUUCUGGCAGUACAGAUUUCUCGCAAUUGAACAUCGAUAAGUUAUAUCGAGAAGUAGCAAAAAGAUCUUCUCGAUAGGUUUUGAUACACACAGGUUCUCGAAGGAAAUAUCGAAAAGAAUUUUUCGAAUUGCAGGUUCUCGAUAAGGCGUUCUCGAAGUUCUGGUUCUCGAUAAGGCGUUGUCGAAGUUCAGGUUCUCGAUAAGCAACAUCGAAAACCACUUCUCGAAGUCGGAUAUCGAGAACUGCUUCGCAUAUCGAAAACUAAGGUUGAUAGCGAGAAAGGGUUUAAGCUCGAGAAGUUUGAAAGUUUUUUUUUUUUUUUUUUAAAAAGGGAAAGGACAGAGGGGCAAAAUUGUCCUUUGAGACCCGCUGAAUUUUACGGCUAUCGUGUCCGCAGGUCGCCCGCGCAGGGGGGGUGCGAAUUUUCAAUUCUGAACUGAAAGCCGGAAUUCUUGUGUGCGCGAGAGCUCCCCUAUUCUCCUUCACCUUUUAAUACUAAGGGAGGAGUGAUUCAUAUAUAAAGGCUCAAAAGUUCUCUAAGAGUUUAGGUGUGGGAAAGUUAAAAAAGUCUACUUUCCACCUUUGCUUGAAAGUGUACACUUUUCCAUCUUUCUUUUUCAAGAGCUAAUUUGAGUCACUUCAAAGUCCAAAACUCCAACACCAAAGGUGAACCUUACAACCAAAGCUUCCAAGAGUCAACCUUGAGAUUAAAAAAAAAAAAAAAAAAAAAAAUCAAAAAAAAAAAAAAUCUCAAGGUUAAGGCUAUUUUUCUCAAGGACCAAGCUACACUUCAAGGUCCGGAAAUUUUGCAGAAACUUCAAUCAACCUCACGUCUACGGUCAACAUUCAACAAUCAACCAUGGAUGCCUCUAAGCCUUCUUGCUCCUGUACUUGCACAGUUCAUUCUUCACAAGAGAAGGACAAUAUUAUUAACGAGUUAAGAGACAAGUUAAACAACAACCACAAAUUCUUAGUUGAUAGUCUAGACAAAGUCAGAUCCCUGAGCAUACAAUUAGAGAAUGAGAAGGAAAUAGUUAAGAAGCGAACUUCAGAAGCAGAUAAGCUUACACAGAAAGUAGCUGAACUGGCUAAGAAGGUUUGUGACACAGAAUUAGAACGAAAUGUUGCAAAAGCUGAAAACGAGUUUCUACAUGAGAAACGAUGCAAAUUGUACACAAAAAUCAAAGAGUUGGAGGACUUACUUGCUAAGAGAGGUCAAACAGAACAAACCAUUUUCUUAAAUCAGCCUAAAGACACCACUUUCUACAAUCCCAAGGAAGGCUUAGGUUUCCCAAACCCACGCAACUUAAAGAAAGUCAAUUGUAUUCAACUGUAUGACAUUGGAUACAUGGGCUUGGGUUUGACAAAACUUAUGUCUUUUGUGGGAGCGUCAGAAACUGAUGCCGAAGAAAAGGAAAAGAGAGAAAAUAAUCCUAAGGCUGAAAUCUCGUUUGACUACACUAAACUGAAUGAUAGUUAUAAGACUAGGGAAAUUCCUUUGUCUGAUGACUAUGUAUCACUUUUUCCUCCAGCAAGUGAGUCUGAGUCAGUGUCUGUAGGGGAACAAAAAUCUGUUUCUGAAAAGCCUGAAACCGAAAAUGUUUAUAUUCCAAAGAUCAUCUGUAAAAUUGCAGACUUGCACAAAUCUUUGGAAACUGAAAGAGAGGUUUUCAAAACAGAAAAGGAACAACUUUUAAAUGAGAUUUCUCUUCUAAAAAAUGCCCCUAGUGCAGACACAACCUCUACCUCCUCUCCUGUUUCAAAAAGUGUUUUCAAAGAUAGUUCAAGUUCAAGCUCUCAGUCGUUUAGCUCUGUCACACACCAUUCUUCUCGGACUUUUUCUAAUGACUCUAAAUUUGUGUUUUCUCAUUCUAGAGAUGAGGUUAGAAUGCCUGAGAAACCUAAGCAAAAGGCUAAAGCUUCUAAACCUCAUUGUGAUGUGAAUGAUGGCAAAUCGAAAAAGAAAAGAUUUGAAGCUUCAACCUAUACUGUUUGUGAUGGUGUUUGCCUGACUUAUCCCCUCAAGGUUUAUUCAGCUAAACACCUGAAACGGUUAUCAAGGGAGAAAAUCUUUACUUCUCGGAAAUCUGUUCCAUCAUUCACCAGCGCUGAAAAUUCUCAUACACCUGCAAUAACUCAAAAAUGGGUUCCUAAAUCAGAAUCCCAGUCAUAUAGCUCUCCAAAAGCUUCAAAAGAGACUGGUUUAGGAACUAAAAUUAAACAAAAAUUUCAAAGUUUGUUUUGUGCUAAAAGGGAUGGACCCACCCUGAAAUGGGUACCAAAGGUUUCUUAACCUUUUGCAGGUCCGUCAUGUGUGGUAACUGAACCGAUUGCUCCACACGCAUGGCGGGUAUGAAGACGAGUUGUGAGCAAUCAACAGGUGCACAUUAUGAAGGGGAGUAUUGGCAUGUAUACUACCCCAACGAGCUGAAAAUCAAGAAAUGCACACCUCAACGCCGACACAUGCCAAGAACAAACAACAAAUGCAUAUUCUGAGGGGGAGUUACAGUUUUCUCCUCCUGGCGCCAAUCAAGGAUCAAUGCAAGACAACCCAAGCAUGUAAUGGCAGAACUAGCAGCAAUCAGGACCAUCUACGGGAUCCAGAACUGACACCUCAUCAAGGAGAACAACUCAAAAUCGGACCCGAAGGUCUUGUCCUGCCUGACGUAAUUGUGACCUCUGAAGGGACACACACUAUGGAAAGUCAUGAGCAAAUCAGCAAAAGUGCCUGAAGUGUAUCUCCAACAAUUUUGGGUAACACUUGACAAGGACACUGAUGAGGAUGACAACGAGAUAGAUGACGUGCUGACCGCCACUAUCAAGGACACUAAGGUCACGAUUACAAAGGAGUUGAUGCAUCAAGUGCUGCAAAUCCCAGAGCAGGAUGAAUAUGACGAGCUAGCCACCAAAGAAGAUAUCAUGGAGGACAUAAUCACACUGGGCCAUGCACAAUUGAUCAGGCUCAUCUCCCAGGUCAAGCUCAGAAGACUAUCACGGUCAUGGAGGACUCUGAUGGCUACACUAAACAAGUGCCGCACUGCCAAACACACCGGCUUCGACAAGUGCAGCAUCUACCUUUUGACUGCCUUCCAAGGCAUGGCAUUCAUGAAAAAUUUUGACUACGUUUCGCUGAUCUGGGACAACAAUCUUGAAAUGAUCAGCAAGAGAAAAAGGACCAAUCAAAUCAAACAUCUACCAUAUUUCAAAUGGUUUUGACUAGUGGUGCGACGCUUCUCCAGAACAACUCCAUCCAUCCACCGAAGACUAUCAACGGAGAACGUCAGCAAGAAUCUCCAAAAGAUGACUAAGGAUUCAACGCUUAUACCUCUCUUAAUACCAGUGUCUCUGUUGCAGUUAGCUGAUCCGAAUGAUCCAUCUGUCCGACGCUACUGCCAGAAAAAUAACAUUAUACUCCCUAUGGCUCAGAUAAACCCCCCUGAGCCUACCCAAGGGAGUCAGCCGAGAGCAAGUGAGGGUCCUGAGAGUUUAACCCAGCCACAUAGACCAGUGGCAGUUCGGCCCCAUGAUGAUCAGACUACGUCUGCUGAGGGCCACCCCCGAGUUGCUGAGGAGACUACCUAUGACUCGUCUAGCGCAGCCAGACCAUAAAACGCUGAUGAUGAGGACUCCGGGAGCAAGGCUGAAAAGAGCGACAACAAGAAGGGUGGUGAGGACGACAAUCAUGCGGACAACAACGCAAAGAAAGCCAGGAAAGCUCAGGUACAAAAAUGUUGAUUCAAUAUCAAGCUUCCUACGGCUGCAGAUGAAGGGGAGUCUUACUUGAGAAAGAAUACUCAAGGACAGAUUACCAGUGAGACUCGCUCUAAACAACAUCAUGAUGUCCUCUCCUCAUCACUCACUCCUACACAAAGAGUGCAAACAUCAAGAAGCCUAGCUGAAGAAACCUAGAUGUUACAAACCGGGCUAACCCCAUAGGCACAGAGACUGAUCUUUUCAGUCUCUGGGUAGAAGACGCAGCAUCCAGCCCAACUGCGCAUACACAAGCCUCCCCUAGCCGCUCUGCUACCUCCCAAUAGGUAGUAGUUUCAAUAUCAGGGAAUCUCAUACCCACCUCUCCGCCCCCUUUCGGAGCGGUCGAGGAUAUCUAUAGUGACCAUCAGCCCUAGGUCACUACCCCUCCUUCUACCACUUUGUGUCUAGGUGUCACCCUCCAAAAUUUUCCAAUUUUUCUAGGACACUUACACUUUUCACACCACCGCACUCUACAGGUCCACUCUACCUGUCAACAACGAUCGGAGAUAUUUCAAUGAUGAUCGGAAGUCCUGCUGCUCAACAGAUAACUCAAUCAUUAUAUGCAGGCCACACACCGCUAUUCUUUACCGAUGUUGUGACACCGGUUACUACCCCUGUAACCAGAAACCCUGACCCUACCGACCUUUCUGUCAUUCUGCAGCGCUUCUUGGAUUCCACCAUUAAGCCAUGGGUGCACGAAGCAAUAACCGCUUAGGCACAGGAAUUCAGGACCACCCCGGCGCUUCUUAAUGACAUCAUCCAAACUCUAACUCAACCCUCAUCCUCCCACUCCCAACAGCAACUCACUCCAAUCCUUACCUUAUCCCAUUUGACCAUUUACCAUGCCAUUCGAUGACCUAGCAUCCAUUAUGCUAGCGAGAAUUCUGGAAACCAAAGAAGCUCCACUCACUGACAAACAAAGAGCUCUUAUUGUGGUACUUGAAACCUAAAGCACAUGCAAUGACAGUCUCCGCGGUCACAAACGUUCACAUGAGGACCCUGAUUAUUCGGCUCCUCAUGAGGGGGAGAAUAUGAGGCAACGGAUACUCGAGCAUGGUGCUUCAUCUAGCCAAUAACCCCAACCUGAACCCUCAAACAACCAAGCUAAAUACAAGAAUUCUCUCGAGGAUGCAGAUUUUGAGGGGGAGUUUUCAAUGUUCUCCUCCCAAGCGCCAAUUAUCAUCAAAGGCAUCCUACUGAGUGCUACAGUUGAGGGGGAGUACAAAGAGAAAAGAGCAAAGAGAAAUGAGAGACAAGUCCCAAUGGCUUAGUAAACCCAACUAAGCCUACCCAAGGGGCAAAGCCGAGAGGGAGUGGGUAACUGAGUGAACACUAUGAGAGUGAGGAAGCAGAAGGCUCAUGUGAGCGAGAAAACAAUAAUCAAUUACAUGUCUGCUACCUCAAUUGCGCUUUCAAUUGAGAGAAUUACUCCCAGUCACUCAAAUAAUCCGGACAAUUCCCCAUAGGUUCAGGACUGAAUUUAUUCAGAUCCCGGGUAGAAGUCGCUGCAUUUUGUCCAAACGGCGCAUGCACAACCCUACCCUAGACCACUCACUUGUCUCCCAACAGACAUGUGCUUAAUCAUAUUUCACGGGGAACCUCAUCUAUUAUUAUUGUCUCCUUCCGAGGCAAGUGAUACUGACUACAGUGGCCUCAGCCCCAUGCCAUUGAACUUUCAUUGAUCACGUCGUGUCUAGUUAUCUCACUCCCAAAUGUUUUGAAUUUUCUAGGACACAGACACACUUUUGAGUCAGUUGCAGGUCUUCAUGACCCGCGAGAACUUCCAUAGGGCUCAUCUACUUUAGAUGUAGACCGAUGAUUGGAAGGAAGUCCUGCUGUUGCAACAUAGAAAUCACCAACAUGUUCAGGCCAUCGCUCUAGAGUUUAUCUCUAUAGUGAUGAUAACGGGUGUCUACGUGACCUCGGGGGGCUACCGCUUUCAUUGCUGGACUUUAUGAUCAUGCCAUAACAACCAAAGUGACAUCUACUUCAGAUGCUUCACAAUGACUGGUUGGAAGUCCUGUUAGAACUUUAUAGCUUCUAUCAUUUUACACAGGCCACACAUUGGUGUUUACAUUGAUGUUGUGAUAACGGAACACUAUGGUGUAUCCGGUUUUUAUCUUAUUUUUCUUUUUUGUUUUUGUUUUCCAGAAUAAAAGAAUAAAGGCAUGACGCCCCGAAUCAUCGGAUCGUCAUGAGGGGGAGAGUGGUCCACAUGCUGUUCACUAUCAACAAAUCAUUUUUGGACACAUCUCUCCUCCAUCACAAAAAUCAACAACGGCUCUCUAUUCUCUCAAAUCAUCAGAAAUGCCAAGACAGCUUCAAAUCAAAUUGUCAGCUAUACCCAGAAGUUAACCAUCUCUUUUGGGAAUGCGACCGACGAGAUCUCCUCAAAAGCAAUCUUUUUCCGCUGUGCCACCUACACAAUGGAGGAGACAAAGGUCGGGUAAUCAAAUUCUGAAAAUGAAUCCCAUGCGUGCCUGGAAAUCAUCAGAACAUUCAUUCCAGAGGCGUCAUCGGACUUAAUUCAAGCUGAUCAAGAGCAACUUCUGGAAGGCAAGGACUACAUGCAAGAUACUGAAGAUUCUUCAACUCCCUGACAUCAAAGAACAAAUUUCCAUGAAGACAUCAAAGAGGAGAUCAAGACAAAAGAGGAGCAACUCAACCAAUCUUAUCUACGCUCUCCUCUACAUUGCUGAAUAAACACAAAGACAAAGAUAUUCGCGCUACAAUGCUGAUUGAACAUGAUUGAACACCAAGGGGGAGAUUGUUAGGACUUUUUCUGGUGUCCAAUCCUGAUAAAUAUCUUUGUAUUUGUGUAGCUAUUUUGUCUAGAUAUUUCAGCUAUUAUUAGACUAGCUUUCUUAGGAAGUGUGUAAAGUGUGUUAUUGGGCCCAAUCAUUAAAAGAGCCCAAUCAUGCUUAGGUCACAUCACACAUUCCCUAGGCAUAUAAAUAUUGCCUUUAAGGGAAUGUGCGAUAGAGGCUUGGACAGAUUAUUCACGCGCAUAUUAUUUUAGUCUAGAGAGAGCCGCAACCUUUGUUUCUCGAUACCCAUAUUCUGAAGUUCGAAAUCCUUAUUUGGUAUUGAAUCAAAGCUGUUUUCUGCUCUAUUCUAUAUUGUUAGUUUGAUUGUUGAAUGAAACAGGGA